AGAUUGAAUCAAAUAUAGUAAAUGCUUAAAUUGCCGUUGAAAUAACAUACAAAUUAUUAUAAAUCACAACGAAAUCACAUAUUAUUCUCAAAAUAUGGUUGAUGAAGAUGAAUAUUUUUCUCCAAAGGAUAAUAAAAAGUAUCACAAUAAAGUCAAGACAUUUUGUGAUAGGUUAGUAAGACCAAGUAAUGAUAAUGCUGAAUUAAGUAGAAGCAGAAUACUUUCAUGGGUAGAAGAAGCUGCACUUCAGGCUCUUAAUAGUUCAAAUUCAACAAGAAAACGGCAAGUCAGUAGUAGUGUAUCUUCACAGCACGAUUCAAAAUCCAAUUGUGAUAAUUCAUGUUCUGAAUUAUUUAAAACUAAAAGGUUGAGAAAAAACAAAGGUAAAAUCAGUUCUACAGAUAACUCUGAUGCUUCACAAGUCACAGAAAGCAUAAAGUCUAAUACUAUUAAUACAAGAUCAAGAACAAAACUUUCAGCAGGAUGUAGCGUUGAAACUCAAUCGCAAAAUGUAAGAGUAACUCGAGCUUCAAAAAAGAAACUACAAUUACAAAAUAAACAAAUUACAAGUGACUCUAAUGAUAAUGCUUCAAACAAAGAUAACAAACAUUGCCAUCAGAAAGAAUGUGAUUUCGAAAGAAAUGAUUUUUCAAAUAAGGAAAACUGUGUGUGUAAAUCAAUACUUGGUGAUGACAAAAGUGCUCGUAUAAAAUUAUCAGGACAAUCAAUUUGUGGUGGUUCAAUUAUAUUAGAAGUUACAAUAAGUUCUAAGGGUUGGAAAGUUAAUUGUAUAGGUCCAGAUAAUACUAUAAUUAAAUGUAAUAGAAAACCUGGAUUUCAAAUUGCAAAUUUUGAUAUACGUGUAGAUUCUGCAAAUGUAAUAUCGAAAGGUAAAAUCCUAGUUAAAAACAAGGAAUGUGAUGAAACUAAUAUGAAUAUAGAUAAGUUUUAUCGAAAUAAAAAAUGUAAAUCAAAUAAAGUUAAGGAUAUCAUAAAUCCUAUGGUCAUUAUAGAAUCAGAUCAGGAAUCUGGAAAAGAUAUAUCAAAAGAUCAAAUGCCAAUUAAAUGUGAAGAUUAUGGUAAAACAAUUAUCAAUAUAGAUAAGUUUUAUAGAGAUUCAAAAUGUUUGGAAAUUAGGAAUGUUGCAAAUUCUAUGAUUAUAGAAACAGAUCAAGAAAAAAAUGAAAUAAAACAUGUAAAAAAUAUGUUAAAUGAAUUAGAAAACACAAAAAUAUUAAACACCUUGUUUUCAUCUAAUGAAACAUUAAUUCAAGACACACAAGAGGAUCCUGUUAAAUUACGAAUAAAAACAAUAGAUGAAAUAAAUGAUGCUAUUGAUACUAUUGUAAUAAAUGAUGAUGAAAGUGAAAACUGUUUUUCUCAAAGUGAUGCAGUGAAACAAAUUAUAGAAAACAAAAAAAUAACAAAGAAAAAGAAAGUAUGCCCUGAAUUCAAAUUCAUAAAAGGUACUCCUUUUGCUGUAGAUGCCUUUAAUUUUGGAGAUUUAGGUUCAAGGGGAGUAGAAUAUUAUUUUCUUACACAUUUUCACAGCGAUCACUACAUAGGCUUGAAUAAAAAGUUUUGCAGGCCUUUAUAUUGCUCGCAAAUCACUGCUAAUUUGUUGGAUUUACGAAUCAAAGUUAACAAAAAGUUCAUUAAUGUACUGGAAUUAAAUAAGCCUACAAUUAUUAAUGAUGUUGAAGUAACCGCUUUAGAUGCCAAUCAUUGUCCCGGAUCCAUAAUGCUACUAUUCAAAGUUUCUGGAAAAUGCAUUUUACAUACAGGAGAUUUUAGAGCUCAUUAUGAUAUGGAGUUAUAUCCAUCAUUACAAAAUAUACAAGUUGACAGAUUAUAUUUGGAUACAACGUAUUGCAAAAAACAGUACUGUUUUCCAGCACAACAAGAGGCAAUAGACAUUGCUACAAACUUAGUGAAAGUAUUCCUCAUGAAAAACCCGACAAAGAGAACUCUUGUUGUAGUCGGUUCUUACCUCAUAGGUAAAGAAAAAAUGUGGUUGGGACUCAGUAAAACAUUAUCGCGCAAAGUGUGGAUAGAGAAGAGUCGAUAUGAUCUUAUCAAGGCUUUUGAAAAUGAUUUAAUGUACUUAGAAAAUGUUGUUGAAGAACCAAACGAAGCUGACAUUCAUGUUUUACCUGUUAUGGAAUUGAAUACUGAGAAAAUGAGCAAAUACUUAGAAAAGUUCAAUAACAUUUUUGAUCAUAUAUUUGCCAUAAGACCGAGUGGUUGGGAGCAGAAGAAGAAGCCUUAUACAAUUGGGAAUGUUACUAUAGCAGGUGUUGCAUACAGUGAGCAUUCCAGUUACGAGGAACUAAAGCGGUUUGUUAGCUUUUUGAAACCAAAGAAGAUUAUUGCGACAGCUGGCAAUGAGAAAGAACUUCGUCAUUUAUAUAAGGAUUGUAAGCUUGAAGAUCCAAAUUUAAAUACAAUUGAUAAGUAUUUUAAACAAACAUCUUUUUAAAGAAAUAAUAUUUUAUUUUAUAACUGUGAUUAAUUGGUAUUAAUUGAAUUUCAACCAU